AUGAUCAUUAUUGAAGAAAUGCGUGAACAACAAAAACACAUGAGUGCCCAACAAGUACUACUUUCAUCACAGCCGCCUUUACAAUUAUUACCAACACCAACAGCUGAUUCAUUGAUUGAUCCAUCAUCUAAAUCACCUAAUCAGAUCAAUGUUAAACCGAAAGAAUUCAAUGGAACAAGCGAGGAAAAUGUUAUUACUUGGUUAACGGUAUUAGAAGAAAUUAUGGCGACUCGAUACACUCAUGACGAUCAGAAAAUUUCCCUUGCUGUCAGCUUGUUAGGUGGUACUGCCUUACAAUGGUUUGUAAAUUUAAAACUUAAAAAUCAACGACCAUCAUCUUGGAAUGAAUUUAAAGACAAAUUGAAAUAUCAGUUUCAACCAGUCGAUUUUCAAGAACAGCUUCGCCAACAAUUAUUACAUUUACGUCAAAAGCAUUCAUUACAAGAUUAUAUUCACUUAUUUCGAAGCAUUGUCGGUCAAACAGUUAAUAUGGACGAAUUAACUCAAGUGAUGUUGUUCGUUAAUGGUUUGUCUCUCAAUACCAGCUUAUAUGUACGAUCAAAGCAUCCACAAACGGUCGAAGACGCCAUACGUGAAGCAAUUACUUAUGAUGAUGUGACGGCUGUUGGUAAAGCCAAUCAUGUUAAAUAUAAUCCAUUUCUUGAAGCAUCAACCAAUAUUGAAUUAAAUGCUAUCCAUACACGCCAACACUCACGUCAAACACGUUAUACAACACCCUUUAAAACAUCCACGUUGAAAGAAGAUUGUCUUAAGUUUGGUCUAUGUUUUUAUUGUAAAGAACCAGGUCAUCUUGCAUUGAAAUGUCCAAAACGGCAACAAGCACAACAACGUCCGACAGAAUCAUCUCAUCCAAAAAACGAUCAGUGGUAG